GUAAUGCUUCUCUGGCGAGGAGAAGGAGCUAUUUUGACGGGUAAAGUUACUUCGACAUUUGCACAUAAAGUGGCUGGGGCGCCGUGGACAAAGCUGGAGCUGAUAAUUAGUGCGAAUGUCAAAGUCUCCUUCCCCUGAACCAAGACACCGAAGGUCCUCAUCUAGUUCUCAGCCUAGAGAAUCAAAUGGGGCAGCAGCGAUGGAUGAUCCAGAGUCUACAAUUGCUACAGUUGCUCAUUUUAUUGAGCAGCUAUACGCAAACAUGUCCUCACAACAUGAGAAGGAGCUCGUCACAGCACGUCUACUCAGCAUCUCCAGAGCAAGGAAGGAUGCGAGGAUGCUUAUUGGUUCCCACACACAGGCAAUGCCUUUGUUUGUAUCCAUUCUGAGGAGUGGUACUACUGUGGCGAAAGUUAAUGUUGCUGCAACUCUGAGUUCUCUCUGCAAGGAAGAAGAAUUACAAUUGAAGGUACUUCUUGGUGGAUGCAUACCACCACUGCUUGCGCUUCUGAAGUCAGAAUCAUCCGAAGCCAGGAAGGCAGCUGCAGAGACAAUCUAUGAAGUUUCCUGUGGUGGACUAUCAGAUGAUCAUGUCGGUAUGAAAAUUUUUGUGACUGAAGGUGUAGUGCCCACUCUUUGGGAUCAGCUCAAUCCAAAUAUCAAGCAGGACAAGGUGGUGGAGGGAUUUGUCACUGGGGCCUUGAGGAAUCUUUGUGGGGACAAGAAUGGUUACUGGAAGGCCACACUUGAUGCAGGAGGGGUAGAUAUUAUCAUUGGGCUUCUUUCUUCUGAUAAUGCUGCCGCUCAUUCCAAUGCCGCGUCUCUUUUGGCUCGUUUGAUGUCGGCUUUCAGUGACAGCAUCCCCAAAGUUAUAGAUGCUGGAGCUGUUGAAGCUUUGGUUCAACUAGUGGAUCGGGAAAAUGAUAUAUCAGUUCGAGCCAGUGCUGCUGAUGCUCUGGAGGCUCUUUCAUCCAAAUCAACUAGUGCUAAGAAAGCUGUGAUGGAUGCACAAGGUGUACGUGUCCUUAUUGGAGCUGUAGUGGCUCCUUGUAAAGAAUGCAUGCAAGGGGAGGGUGGCCAGGAUCUACAGGGACAUGCAAUUCGCGCUUUGGCAAAUAUUUGUGGUGGAAUGUCUGCUCUAAUUCUUUAUCUUGGAGAACUAUCUCAGUCCCCUCGCUUGGCUGCUCCAGUUGCUGAUAUAAUUGGCACACUUGCUUACUCACUAAUGGUCUUUGAGCAAGCAUCCGACGCCAAAGAACCAUUUGAUGCAACACAGAUAGAAGAUAUUCUAAUAAUGCUACUAAAGCCUCGAGAUAAUAAACUGGUUCAGGAGCGUGUCCUUGAGGCUAUGGCUAGCCUCUAUGGCAACAUGUACCUCUCAAGGUGGCUCAAUCAUGCAGAUGCAAAGAAAGUGCUUAUAGGACUCAUUACCAUGGCCUCAGCUGAUGUGCAGGAAUAUCUGAUACUCUCGUUAACAAGCUUUUGCUGUGAUGGAUUGGGUGUCUGGGAGGCCCUGGGAAAGAGAGCGGGUAUUCAGUUACUAAUAUCAUUGCUGGGAUUGUCCAGUGAACAACAUCAAGAGUAUGCUGUUGCAAUGCUGGCAAUCUUGACAGACCAAUUUGAUGACAGCAAAUGGGCUAUCACUGCUGCUGGUGGUAUUCCUUCACUAGUGCAGUUAUUGGAGAUGGGAUCUCAAAGGGCAAGGGAAGAUGCAGCACAUGUGCUGUGGAAUUUGUGUUGUCACAGUGAAGAUAUACGUGCCUGUGUUGAAAGUGCUGGAGCUGUCCCGGCAUUCCUAUGGCUUCUAAAAAGUGGUGGACCAAAAGGACAAGAAGCUUCAGCUAUGGCACUUACAAAACUUAUCCGUUUUGCUGACUCUGCCACCAUUAAUCAGUUAUUGGCUAUGCUCCUUGGAGACUCACCAAGUUCGAAGGCUCACAUUAUUAGGGUGUUGGGUCAUGUGCUUACGAUGGCAUCACACAAAGAUCUUGUGCAUAAGGAUACUCCUGCUAAUAAGGGCCUCAGCUCUAUUGUCCAGGUUCUCAACUCUUCAAAUGAGGAAACACAAGAGUAUGCAGCUUCUGUUUUAGCUGACCUAUUUAGCACCAGACAAGAUAUCUGUGAUAGUCUUGCAACCGAUGAAAUAAUUAACCCUUGCAUGAAACUCUUGACCAGCGAAACUCAGGUUAUUGCAACUCAGUCGGCUCGGGCAUUGGGUGCAUUGUCCCGUCCAAACAAGGCUAACUCGACAAAGAACGUAUCUUAUGUUGCAGAAGGGGGUGUCAAGCCAAUAAUCAAGCUUGCAGAAGGGGAUGUCAAACCAUUAAUUAAGCUGGCAAAAACUUCAUCCAUUGAUGCUUCUGAGACUGCUGUGGCUACAUUGGCUAAUCUGCUGUCUGAUCCUCAGAUAGCUGCAGAAGCUUUGGCGGAAGAUAUUGUCUCAGCUUUGACAAGAGUACUAGGGGAAGGCACUUCGGAAGGCAAGAAGAAUGCAUCACAUGCCCUUCAUCAAUUAUUAAACCAUUUUCCAGUUGGGGAAGUACUUGCAGGAAAUGCUCAGUGCCGUUUCACAGUUCUUGCAGUUGUUGAUUCCUUAUCUACAAUGGAUUUGGAAGGAACUGAUGUCACUGAUGUUCUAGAAUUAGUUACGUUGUUGGCUAGGACAAAACAGAGUGUGAACUUCACUCACCCACCAUGGGCUGCUCUUUCUGAAGUUCCUUCGAGCUUAGAACCACUGGUUCACUGUCUGGCUCAGGGGCUUCCUCCCUCACAAGAUAAGGCAAUAGAAAUUCUGUCUAGGUUGUGUGGUGAUCAACCAGUUGUCUUAGGUGACCUUCUGGUUGCCCAUCCAAACUCGAUUGUCUCGCUAGCUCAUAGAAUAAUGAACUCAUCCAGUUUAGAAGUGAGAGUUGGUGGUGCUGCACUACUCAUUUGUGCUGCGAAGGAACACAGAGAGAGGUCAAUGGUUGCACUUGAUGCAUCUGGGUUUCUAAAGCCUCUCAUUUAUGCCCUAGUAGAUAUGAUGAACCGUAACUCUAGCUGCUGCAAUCUGGAAAUUGAAGUCAGAACCCCCAGAGGUUAUAUGGAAAAGACUGUAUUCCAAGAUGGGGAUGAUUUUGAAAGUCCUGACCCGGCCACUGUCUUGGGGGGAACAGUUGCAUUGUGGUUGCUGUCAAUAAUUUCUUCAUUUCAUGAGAAGAACAAAAUCACUGUCAUGCAGGCUGGUGCAGUGGAGGCUCUUGCUGAUAAACUUUCAUCUUAUACUGCAAACUCUCAGGCAGAAUUUGAGGAUACCGAGGGCAUUUGGAUUAGUGCCCUGCUAUUGGCCGUUUUGUUCCAGGAUGAAAAUGUUGUUCUAUCUUCUCCAGUGAUGCGGAUUAUACCUUCACUCUCUCUCCUACUCAAGUCUGAUGAAGUGAUUGACAGAUACUUUGCUGCUCAAGCAAUGGCUAGUCUUGUUUGCUGCAGCGACAGGGGAAUGCAUCUUGCUGUUGCAAAUUCAGGUGCAGUUGCAGGGUUAAUUACUCUGAUUGGUUUCAUAGAAUCAGAAAUGCCCAACCUUGUUGCUCUAUCUGAAGAAUUUUCUUUAGUACGCAACCCUGAACAAGUAGUUUUGGAGCGCCUCUUUGAAUUUGAAGAUGUAAGAGUUGGCUCUACUGCACGCAAAUCUAUACCGUUGUUGGUUGACCUUUUGAGACCACUGCCAGAUAGGCCAGGUGCCCCUCCAACUGCUGUUCGCCUGUUGGCAUGCCUCGCAGAUGGAAGUGAUGCAAAUAAACUGGCUAUGGCAGAUGCUGGUGCUCUAGAUGCUUUAACUAAGUACCUUUCUCUGAGUCCUCAAGACUCAACUGAGGCCACUAUAUCUGAACUAUUGAGAAUCUUGUAUGGAAACCCUGCUCUGCUUCGUCACGAAGCAUCACUAAGUUCUUUGAAUCAACUCAUAGCUGUUCUACGUUUGGGCUCAAGAAGGGCUAGAUUCAGUGCUGUACGAGCUCUGCAUCAGUUUUUUGAUGCAAAGAAUAUCAGAGAAACUGAAUUGGCCAGGCAAGCAAUCCAACCAUUGUUAGAUAUGCUUAGUGCCGGUCCAGAGAGAGAACAACAGGCUGCUCUUGUUGCUCUGAUCAAAUUGACUUCAGGAGAUUCUUCAAAGGAAUCAUUAUUCACUGAUGUAGAAGGGAACCCGCUCAAGUGCCUGUACAAGAUUUUGUCAUCCUCCUCGUCAUUGGAACUAAAGAGAAAUGCUGCAGAGUUCUGUUUUGUGCUUUUUGAUAAUUCAACAAUGCGAGCAAUGCCAAUAGCUUCUGAAUGUAUACAGCCUCUACUAUCCCUAAUGCAGUCAAAUACUGGUGCAGCAGUGGAAUCCGCCAUUUGUGCUUUUGAGAGAUUGUUGGAUGAUGAGCAACAAGUUGAGCUUGCUGCAGCAUUUGAUGUUGUGGAUCUUCUUGUUGGCUUGAUUUCUGUGUCAAACCAUCUACUUUCUGAGGCAAGCAUCAAUUGUCUUAUAAAGUUGGGGAAAGACCGUACUAACUUAAAGUUGGACAUGGUAAGGGCUGGAGUUGUUGAUAACUGUCUUGAGUUGCUCCAUGAUGCACCUGGUUCACUAUGCUCCUCAGUUGCUGAAUUGUUUCGCAUUUUAACAAACAGUAGUAAGAUUGCAAAAAGUUCAGUUGCUGCUAGAAUCAUGGAGCCUCUUUUCAUGUUUUUACUCCGCCCAGAUCUUAGUGUGUGGGGACAGCAUGGUGCUUUGCAAGCACUAGUGAACAUUUUGGAGAAACCACAGAGCCUUUUAACUCUGAGCCUUACUCCAAGUCAGGUUAUUGUACCUUUGAUUUCAUUUCUGGACUCAUCUUCUCAAGGCAUCCAGCAGCUAGGCGCUGAAUUGUUGUCCCUUCUUCUAGCUCAGGAGCAUUUCCAACAAGAUAUUACAACACAAAGUGCAAUCAUACCUCUUGUUCAGCUUGCAGGAAUUGGAAUAUUGAACUUGCAGCAGACAGCAAUAAAGGCUCUAGAAAGUGUAUCUACAAGCUGGCCAAAGGCAGUUGCUGAUGCUGGAGGUAUUUUUGAGCUCUCUAGGGUUAUUAUGCAAGAUGACCCUCAACCACCUCAUGCAUUGUGGGAAUUAGCUGCAUUGGUUCUCUCAAAUGUUUUGCGGUUCAAUGCUGAAUAUUAUUUCAAAGCUCCGUUAGUGGUCCUUGUGAGAAUGUUACAGUCAACACUGGAGAGCACUAUUACAGUAGCUCUCAAUGCCUUGAUUGUUCAAGAGGGGAAAGAUGCUUCAAGUGCUGAACUUAUGGCUGAGGCUGGGGCAAUAGAUUCAGUACUCGACCUUCUAAGGUCUCAUCAGUGUGAAGAAGCAUCUGGAAGACUACUUGAGGCUCUAUUUAACAAUAUAAGGGUGCGAGAAAUGAAGAUUGCCAAGUAUGCCAUAGCUCCUUUAUCUCAGUAUCUGUUGGAUCCACAGACCAGAUCGCAGUCUGGCAGGCUUCUUGCAGCCCUUGCACUUGGUGACCUCUUUCAGCAUGAGGGACUCGCUAGAGCUAGUGACUCUGUAUCUGCAUGUCGUGCACUUGUUAGUUUGCUUGAAGAUCAGCCUACUGAAGAGAUGACAAUGGUGGCAAUAUGUGCAUUGCAAAACUUGGUUGUGCACAGCAGGACAAAUCGUCGAGCUGUUGCAGAAGCAGGUGGCUUAUUGGUAAUGCAGGAACUCCUGCUGUCUCAAAAUUUAGAAGUUGCUGCACAGGCAGCACUGCUUAUCAAAUUUUUGUUUUCUAAUCACACACUCCAAGAAUAUGUAUCAAAUGAGCUCAUCAGGUCCUUGACAGGUCCAUUGGAGAAAGAGCUGUGGUCCACAGCAACUGUCAAUGUGGAGGUCCUGAGAACCAUAAAUGUGAUAUUCAGCAACUUCUCUAAGGUCCACGUCUCUGAAGCAGCUACCCUUAUUAUCCCACAUUUAGUAGGAGCACUGAAAGCGGGAGAUGAGGCUACCCAAGAAUCUGUAUUGGACACCUUAUGCUUGUUAAAACAGUCGUGGUCAACCAUGCCAAUAGAUAUCGCCAAAGCUCAAGCUAUGAUUGCUUCUGAAGCAAUUCCAAUUCUACAAUUGCUGAUGAAAACUUGCCCACCAAGUUUCCAUGAAAGAGCAGACAGCCUGUUACAUUGCUUGCCUGGGUGUUUGACAGUCACUGUAAAACGUGGAAACAAUUUGAAACAAACCAUGGGAAGCACAAAUGCCUUCUGUCGAUUGACCAUAGGAAAUGGUCCACCACGACAGACAAAGGUUGUGAGACACAGUACUUGUCCGGAAUGGGAAGAAGGGUUUACGUGGGCAUUUGACGUACCUCCAAAGGGACAAAAGCUUCACAUCCUCUGCAAAAGCAAAAAUAUGUUUGGGAAGUCAACUCUUGGGAGAGUGACUAUCCAAAUAGAUAAAGUUGUGACAGAGGGUGUUUAUAGCGGGUUAUUCAGCUUCAAUCAGGACAACAACAAAGAUGGUUCUUCUAGAACACUAGAAAUCGAGAUCAUCUGGUCCAACAGGAUGUCAAAAGAGAGUACAUGAAUGGGAAAUUCAGCAUAUCUCUGUUUAUACACUCUAAGAGGCACAGAGUCAGUAAAUCAACCAGGUUUCUCAAGAAGCUGAUCUGUGUGGGAUAUAAUAAUUGGUAUCGAUCCCAAUGUGUUGCAGGUUGGUUGGUUUGCUUGUAAGUAUUGCUUCAUGAGGUCCAGUUUUGUAGUGUGAAAAGUUAGGUUUCUGGGUUGUGAAAUGUAAAUGUCCAAUUUAAGUUGCAGAGUUAGGGAGUCCAAGAGCUUCAAGUGUAA